CAUCCAUCCACAAUCACGGAGUAGAUCACAAUCCAAUCCAAUGACGUUGGGACGUUUUGGAUACUGAUGGAUACCGUUGCGAAGCGAACAACGUAUUCAGCAUUUGGUGUAUCCGCCCCUCAGUAAUCUGUACACGACGUGGAUAUUGGGCACACGUCUUUCUGUCGGCAUAUUUGCCGUUGUGACAGUGAAUCACGAAGCAUUUAUUUGAGACCUAAAGUUGGUUGUUCGUGUUUGCGAUUUGCUGUUUACUCAGCUCUGAAAACAGUCAAAAAUGCCACAAACACCGCAGGCAUCACCACAAGAAGACCAAGAGAAGCUUCUGGAUGAAGCCUUGAGUGUGGUGAAAGUUCAGGCAUUUCAAAUGAAACGAUGCCUCGACAAAAGCAAGCUAAUGGAGGCUCUUAAGCAUGCGUCGAAUAUGUUAGGAGAGCUGCGAACGUCUCUCCUUAGCCCCAAAAGCUAUUAUGAGCUAUAUAUGGCUGUUACAGAUGAGCUAAGGCAUCUUGAGAUUCAUUUGCUAGAUGAAAUACAGAAAGGGAGGAAAAUGUCUGACCUGUAUGAGCUUGUGCAGUAUGCAGGCAAUAUUAUACCACGUUUGUACCUGCUAAUCACAGUAGGUAUGGUGUACAUGAAGUCCAAUGAAGAGUCACGAAAGGGCAUCCUGAGAGACUUGGUGGAGAUGUGUCGUGGAGUGCAGCACCCACUGCGAGGGCUGUUUCUGCGCAACUAUCUGUUGCAGUGUACACGGAACAUUCUUCCUGACACAGACGAAGAGCCUCUGCAAAAUGAUUCCAAUGCUGAUAGUUCAAAGGUGGAACUGCUCAUGUACACGAGAGAGAGUGAGGCAGGUGGUACUGUGAAAGACUCUGUGGACUUUGUGUUGUUGAACUUUGGUGAGAUGAAUAAGCUAUGGGUGCGCAUGCAACACCAAGGACAUUCACGGGACAAGGAUCGUAGGGAACGUGAACGUCAGGAACUGCGCCUUCUUGUUGGCACCAAUCUUGUGCGCCUGUCACAGCUGGAUUCUGUUGACAUGGAUCGGUACAAGAAGGUUGUCUUGCCUGGCAUACUGGAGCAAGUAGUCAGCUGCAGAGAUUCUAUUGCUCAAGAAUACCUCAUGGAAUGCAUUAUCCAAGUGUUCCCUGAUGAGUUCCAUUUACAGACACUCAGUAGCUUCUUAAAAGCUUGUGCUGAACUUAGGCAACAGGUCAAUGUAAAGAACAUAAUCAUCUCCCUGAUCGACAGGUUAGCAAUGUAUGCCAUGAAGGAGGACGGACCAGGCAUCCCCAGCGAUAUAAAGCUUUUUGACAUAUUCUCUGAUCAGGUAGCGCAAGUUAUACAGUCAAGGCAAGAAAUGCCUCCUGAAGACAUAGUUGCCCUUCAGGUGUCACUAAUACACUUGGCUCUGAAGUGCUACCAAGACAGAGUUGACUAUGUUAACAAAGUUCUCCAAACCACAGAAGAAAUUUUUGUUAAAUCAGGGAUUUCAAGGGUGGAGUUCUCUACAGCUGUUGGCAAGGAGCUUGUUCGCUUGCUGAAAAUUCCUGUGCAGUCAUACAACAACCUCAUUACGUUGCUGCAGCUUUCUCAUUUUGGCAGUUUGCUUCAGUUGUGUGACUACAAGGGACGCAAGACAAUGGCAUCCUUCUUGGUUAAUAAUGCACUAGAAAAUGACACUUUACUGCCAACCCAUGAGCAGGUAGAUCAGGUGCUGUGCCUGAUCGCUCCUCUUGUACAAGAUCAGCCUGACCAACCCCAAGAAGAUGAUGAUAUUGAGGAUUUCAUAGAGGAACAAGUUCUUGUUGGGAGGUUGGCCAACCUAAUGGUUGCUGAAACGGCAGAUCAGCAGUACAUGAUAUUAACAACAGCGAGGAAGCACUUUGGUGCAGGAGGUAACAAACGUACUAGGUAUACUUUACCACCUCUGGUUUUCCACGCUUACCAACUAGCAUUCAAAUACAAGGAGCUAAGUAUUGAGGACGACAAGUGGGAGAAAAAAUGUGGCAAGAUUUUCCAGUUCUGCCAUCAGACAAUAAGUGCCCUCAUAAAGGCCGAAUUGGCAGAGCUGCCGCUCCGUCUUUUCCUGCAAGGCGCUCUUGCUGCUGGUCAGGUCAAGUUUGAGAACUACGAAACUGUGGCCUAUGAAUUUAUAUCUCAGGCAUUCUCCCUGUAUGAGGAUGAGAUAUCAGACAGCAAAGCACAGCUGUCUGCCAUUACCUUAAUUAUGGGCACUGUGGAGCAGACAAGCUGCUUCAGUGAAGAGAAUCAUGAGCCCCUUCGGACGCAGUGUGCCCUGGCAGCCUCCAAACUCCUCAAAAAGCCUGACCAGUGCCGUGGAGUUGCACUUUGCUCGCACAUCUUUUGGUCAGGGAAAACAAGAGAGAGAAAUGAAGAAGAGAUGCAUGAUAGCAAGCGUGUUACAGAGUGCCUCAAAAAGGGACUUCGCAUUGCUACUCAGUGCAUGGACAUUUCAGUGCAGGUCCAACUGUUUGUAGAACUCUUAAACCAUUACAUUUAUUUCUAUGAAAAGGGCAAUGAACAGAUUAAAAUAGACACAAUAAGCCAGCUUGUUGGCAAAAUCCGCGAGGAGUUGACACUGCUUGAGGCAAGUGAAGAGACUGACCAGAUAAAGAAGCAUUUUGAGAACACCCUUGACCACAUGCACAUUCGUAUGGAGUCACCGGAAUCCGAUGGGCCAUCGUACACUGGAUUAGAAUUGUGAAAGGCAAUGCUAAACAUUGCCAUCUUUGAGAGUGCAGCCUCAGCAAUGGUAUUGUGCAUUGGAGCAAGUCCCUCAGUGCAUCUUUGUCAACAAUUUUUCUGUUCCCUUUAUUGUAGAGACUGUAUCGUACCAUCUGAAUAGCAUGCAUCCCUGGAAACCAAGUCUUUGCACAAAGGCUUGGAGUAUAGUUACAUGGUCAAUGCAGCAACUAUCUCUUUGUACAGUAUUGUUAGAGUUUCCAUGCUUUGGACAUAUAACUCACUCAUUGUCUGUUUCAUUCAUACUAUUUUGGUGUCCUCUUUCAUUUGGGAAGACCAGUAGAAUAAGCAACAAAUGUUUAAUAGGCAUCUCCCUAGUCAUCCUGCUUCUCUAAGUGCCAGAAAAUUUGUGACACAUUCGUAUUUUGUCCUCUGUUUGGAUAUCUAUGCAUCUACAGGUGUGCAUUUCAAAUGACAAUUGACCUUGUUAGAUGUUCCUCCCGAGAAGUAUAAGAUUGCAAAGCAGUCUGCAUGGAUAUCGUCGUACUAGACAUACUCGAUUCCUGUAUCUGUAUGUACAAUAUUGUUCCAGUUGUAAUUAAUUGUAAAAUAAAAAGGCUUUUUACACCAGAA